CUGGUCUGACGAUUGCGAUGCAAUCCGACAUCAUGGAGGAUUUAAAGAUUAAAUUUUUCGGCCUCAUUAAUAAACAGAAUGCAGCCAAAGUACCACUUAUGGGAUUAAAUCCAGAUCUACUUAAUCCACCUGACUUACAAAAAUGUGAAGAUCUCUGCUCUGAGGCUGAUCAAUCAACAGAAAGUGAGCCUAUACCUGAUCAGGAAGUGUUAGACUCUAUCGAAGAUGUUUACUUCAAUAUCGAUAGCAGUUUUGAUUCAUCACGUUACGAACUAAACAAACUGCCAGUGAUAUUGAAGCCUAAGGAAAUUGAGAAAUGUUAUAAGAAACUCAAACAGCAACAUCAAGUUGUCUCCAAGAAAGUGUUGCAACUUAUUUUGCAAAAGCAGAGUGCCUGUAAAGCAGAAUUUGACAAGAUUUUACUGCUACAGGAUCAACUGGAGGCUGUUUUAGAAAUAUGUAAUAUAGGAAGGGCAGAUCUGCAAUUAGCUGAGAAACAAUUUACCAAAGCAAGUUUAGGCAUAUUAGCUAACUAUCGUGGACGACAAGUAAUCCAAGAACUGUUAAAUAGUUUAAAUACCAUAAAGACCCUGCAAUGUACGGGAGAUCGUCUGCAGGAGCUUCUAAAUGAAGGGAAUUAUCCUGGAGCCAUAUCGCUUCUUUUGGAAUGUCAGAGUGCCGCUCAGACUUACAAACAUUUCCAUUGUAUCGCUGAACUGAACACGAAUUUGCAAAAUAUUUUAGAGCAAGCGGAAAGAACUUUAGACAAUACUCUCUCUAAAAUGUGCAGCGAAUUCGAUGUCGCAGUGUAUUCUUCCAUUCAGGAAGCAUAUACAUUGUUAGGAAAGACUCAAUCUGCCAUGGAUCAAUUGCAUAUGCAUUUCACUGCUGCCAUUCAUAACACGGCGUUUGCCGUUAUCCAUCGCUACGCGGGAGGUGAUGUAAAAAGACAAUAUAAACAACUGUGUCAGGCUGUGCCUCGUGAGACAUGUAUAGCUUGUCUCACGGAACUGUGCAGAUCAUUGUGGACAAUACUGAAUUCGUACCAUUUAAUUGUAAAUUGGCAUAAUGUACAAGAGGAUAAAGCCGAGUGUAAAUCCGAUACUAAGGAUUUAGAAGCGACUUUAAGUAAGCAAUACGUCAAACACAAAUUAGAGAACGGUAUUGUCCGAGUAUGGCACGAUGUGGAAAUGAAGAUAUCGAUUUAUUUGAUGAACACAAAUUUAACAAAUACAAAGUUUGAACAAUUUGUUCAGGUAUUGGGUAUAGUUAACAGGUUGAUGGAAAUUGGAGAAGAUCUCUGUGGUUUCAAGUCGGAGAAUUUGCAGGAGUCUAUUAAAAAACAGUCUUUAUCUUACUUUUCUGAUUAUCACGCAUCUCGUUUGGAUGAAUUGAAAAUGUUUCUGGAAAAUGACGGUUGGGAAUUGUGUCCUGUGAAAUCCAAUUUCAUGGCUACUCAAUUAUUGGAGUUUCGAAGUCUGAAACCUUCGCUCAAUAACUGUAAAACGUGGAAUAGUCUAGAUAGCUCAACCUUAAGCGAUAGUGAUAAUUCUACAGGAGUUGACUUACAAAAAUAUCUGGAAGGCGGUUUGUCACCAUUCACAAUAGGAUUGGAUGAUACCAUGGAUGAAGAUAUUUUAGUAAACGAUGAUAUUGAACAACCUGCGUAUUUUUCGGACGACUCGGACGAGGAUAUUCCCGAUGAAUUAAAGCAUGAGUAUGUCGACGAACCGGAUUACACAAAAAUUAAUAAAAAGAAGUGCAAACUCAAACAAUCUGGACCUAUGGUUACAAAUACGACGUUAAGCAUACUGAGAGUGUGCGGCAAGUAUCUACAGAUGUCGAAGCUUUUACGAUCGAUCGCGGUUACUGUCAUACAGAGCAUGAUACAAUUUUUUGAGCUAUGCUUCUACACAGUACACUUAUUUUUUACGUCGGAUCUCCAAAUCAAUAGCGACUCGUUGUACAGUCCAAAAUUAAAAUUAUCCUUAGCUCGAAUUAGAGAAACAUUGAUUAUCUCUGAGAAUGAUACAAUGGAAGAAAAUGGCAAUGCAAAUUAUGAUAAAGUAAGACAACCACAGCUUUCAUCCAUUGUGAACUUGUCACAACCCGAGAAACUUCACGGAUUAACGGAACGUAUUGUAGCUGUUGAGUCUCUGAUAUUUCUAGGACAACAGUACGAAGGUUUAAAACCUUACUUAGAGCAUCUCAUUGCUAACAGUCCACAGAGAGGAUUUUUACAUCAGUUUUAUAUGCAGACGAUAGCGUCUGCCGUAGACUUAAGAAAGCCAGUCUAUAUGGCAGUAAUAUCACAAGUGUUUGACGUUGCAAAUAUUUUAAAUUUAAUGAACAAAGUUAAUUGGGAAGUGACGGACGUCAUGUCUCAACACAGUAAUUACAUUGAUGCACUAAUCCAAGAAGUAUGCACUUUAAAUGAGAGACUUAACACUAUUGAAACGUACAUAUCUUUAAAUACGGAUAUUUGCAGUGUAGUAUGGGAAAAUGUGGCUCACUUAAUUACACAUACUUUAGUAGAAGGAUUUUCCAACGCUAAAAAAUGUUCGAAUGGUGGUAGAGCUUUAAUGCAACUCGAUUUCACACAGCUAAAGUCAAAAUUUGAAAAAGUGACAACGUUGAGACCUAUGCCACAUAGGGAAUACGUUGAAUUGUACAUCAAAGCCUAUUAUCUUCCUGAAAAUAGUUUUGAAGAAUGGAUUAAAGAGCACAAGGAAUAUUCAGUUAAACAUUUAGUCGGUCUGAUUUCGGCGACGUGUCAAAAUAAUAAGAAAACGCGGCAACGAUUAAUAGCACUUGUGGAAGAACAGCGACCCAAUAGAUAGCAUCCAACCAUUUAUUAUAAAUCCGUACAAGAUUAUAUUGAAAUAGGAAGUACUUGAAAUAUUUAUCAAAAUCAGGGGUAUGAUAAUCUUGUUGUUAAUUGUACAGUAUAGAGAACAAUUUUUUAAGUACGUGUUACAAAACUGAUCAGAUAUAUUCGUGUUUUAACUAUUUUAUGGAAUGUAAAUCUCCAAGAGAAUCACAAUAAUGA